GAAGGCCGGCCCGCGAUAAGGGAGCGGCGUCGGCCCAACGGUCAGUCGUGUGUCCGGCCGCGACUCCAUGGCCCGCGCCGCCGCUCUGCUCGCCUGCCUCGCGGCCGUCUCGGGGCAUCUUGCUGUUCCUAAGCCAUCUAUGACCUCUUCAAAAGUGCAUGUUGAAGUGGGGAAUAACGUGAGUUAUACUUGUAACGUUACAACUCAACUUAAUCAAACAUUUAACUGGAGAUUUGACUAUCCUGCCAAGAGUGCCAACAAGAGUGAUCAUGUUGUCUGUCACAUGCAGACUGAUCCAAAUUAUAUAGACAAGAGAGGUAUUAUGACAUGUGAUCUCAUAAAUGUGACUCAUUUUGAUCAAGGAAAUUACACAUGCAUUUAUGUUGAUUUAAGCACUGGGCGAACAGAAAGCGAAUCUCAUUUCAUGCAAGUUUAUGAUAAGGGCACAUACUAUGUGCGGUUGCAUCCUGAAAACGAAGAGAGACAUAUUACUGUUAGCAGUGAAGAAGACAAAGAGGCGAUUUUCACGAUUGACAUCAUAUCUAAUCCUAAAGUGACAAGUGUUAAAUGGUUGCGAGGAAAAACUGACCUAAGUGAAUCAAAAUCACGAAUAUCAAUAAAUAAUACAUAUAGUAAUACCAUGAUAACAAUUAACAAUUUGUCAGUCUGGGACACUGGAAACUACACAGUACAAGUAGAAAAUGGUCGUACUAAUAACAGUUAUACAUUUUUCUUUGAAGUAGUAGGUAAGCCACAAGUGACAGUACAAGCUAAGGGUUCUUAUCUUUAUAAUCACACUAAAGAAAUCAACUGCUCUGUUAUUGGGAAUCCAAAAUCGACAAUCAAAUGGUUUGGUCAUUUCUGUGGAUUGCAACUAGAAUGUAAUCAUGCACAAGUUACUGAGUAUAACAAAAGCUCCUACUUCGUUUCGGAAGCCGUUGAUGGUGAGUUUGAACAAAUUUCAACACUGAGACUGACUGCUCUUCAGUCAGGGCGGCUGACAUGCUCUGCAGUCAAUGAUGAAGGAACAGAAAAGGGAACAGGUGACUUCAUCAUCACAGAUACGCCAUACAGUGACGAUAUUUGGCUAAAUGUGCAAGGAGUAACCCACAAUGCUAGCCAUCAGCCCGUGGAGGCAGAUGAUGUGGUACUUACUUGCGGCAUUCCCGUAACUAAUAGCAAAAAUGAUCUCUUGUGGUACAAGGGUAGAGACAUUGUUAGGAAUACUUCAGAGCACAAAACAUCAUAUGCAAACACCAAGUAUUCGUACCGCACAAGUAUAAAGUUUGAAAGCAUUGCCAAGAAGCACGAAGGCAAUUACAGCUGCAAAUGGACGACAUUGGAUGGCCACACCAGGGUUUCUUCCCUUCAGCUUAAAAUCAUAGCUCUCCAGAGACCCUUCUUUGUUGAAACAAAUAUGAAUCAGACUGAGUGGAAAAUCUCACAAGGAAAAAUGGUUAAUUGGACAUGUCGUAUUUCUGGUUCUCCGAAACCUAACAUUUUAUGGUACAAGAACAACAAAUUUUUGGAGAUAAAUAUGAAUGACACCAAACGCAUAAAUCUACAUAAGGACAAUUUUUCUCUGACCAUAAAUUAUGCUGUAGAAUCUGAUGAGGGCGAAUACAAGUGUGAAGGAUCGAACAAAGAUGCUAAACUCAAGAGAGUUGUAACAUUAACGAUAAAAGAUAAGAAAAAUUCCAUAGGUCUGAUAGUUGGGAUAGUGAUACUAACAAUAAUUUUGUUAGGUUUCCUCAUUCUUCUAAUUUACAAGAUCCGGGAAGCACAGAAAAUCAGAAGGGACUUGGAAUUAACAGGACUGAGUCAUUUCAAAGAAGGAGCAAUGGAAAACUUUAACCCUGACCUUCCGAUUGACGAACAGGCGGAUCUUCUUCCGUACGACAAGCGGUGGGAGUUCCCCAGAGAUAGACUUAAAAUGGGCAGGCAGCUGGGGGCCGGUGCGUUCGGAGUGGUGAGGAAAGCAGAGGCAUGGGGCAUCGUGGAAGGAGAGUCGGUCACCACCGUCGCGGUCAAGAUGGUGAAGAGCGCGGACAUCGCCUACAUCAAGGCCCUGGCGUCGGAACUGAAGAUCAUGCUGCACCUCGGGAAGCACUUGAACGUCGUCAACCUCCUGGGAGCCUGCACGGAGGAGCUCAACAAGAAAGAGUUCCUGGUUAUUGUUGAGUUUUGUCGAUACGGGAACUUGCAAAAUUUCCUGAUGAGACACAGAGCAUUGUUCAUCGACCAGCUGGACCCAGAAACUGGAGAAAUAGAUUUUGAAAAAGGACAGGAAUUACUAAGAGUAAAGUCGACUAACAGCACCAGAUCAAGGUUCCGGUACCCUGGCUGGAAACUGCCGCGAGGAGACUCCAGCCAGAGCAUGAAGGAAGGGGAGAAGGAGCAGCAAAGCUCGGGCCAGAUGAGUCCGACCGUCAACUCGGACAUGUCGGUGUGCAUGUCGCCCGGAGGAAAUGAGGACUGUCCAGUCUUAAGCAACAACAGCGUGCAACCAGGAUGGAGGUCGAAUUUCGUUGGCGACUACAGGUCUGGACACGUGGAACCAAUAUUUACGAGAGAUUUGCUAUGUUGGGCCUUCCAAGUGGCCCGUGGGAUGGAGUACCUCGCAGGGAAGAAGGUUAUGCAUGGGGACCUCGCAUCUCGCAACAUAUUACUGGCAGAUGACAAUGUCGUGAAGAUAUGUGAUUUUGGACUCGCCAAAAGCAUGUACAAGUCUGACAACUAUAAGAAGAAAGGGGAGGGUCCGUUGCCUAUGAAGUGGAUGGCUAUUGAAUCAUUAAGGGACAGAGUAUUCUCCACACAGUCUGAUGUAUGGUCCUAUGGCGUCGUUCUGUGGGAAAUAUUCUCACUUGCCAGGACUCCAUACCCAGGUAUGGAAGCAGAUGAGAGGCUAUUCAAUAGCCUGAUAAGUGGAUACAGAAUGGAAUGUCCUGAAUAUUCUACACGAGAGAUCUACCAACUGAUGCUGAACUGUUGGGAUGCCGAACCAACUAGGCGACCCACAUUCACCAAGCUUGUAGAAGAGUUUGGAGCUAUGUUGGAGAACAGCGUACGAGAACAUUACGUUGAUUUGAACGAUCCCUACAUUGCAAUGAACAAGCAAACUUUUCAAGAUUGCAAUGACUACCUAAACAUGGUGACUGCCCCAACGUAUGAAAAUCUAAUGUCUCCAUCGUACAAAAACUUAGACCAUCACUACAUCAACAAUCCUGAUGCAGUGAAGCAGUUGUGUCUGGAUGCUGCGGCAGGCAGCGGAUACAUCAAAAUGAACAGGAGUAGCCAACCGGACGACCUGAUGAUUUUCAGUCCGAGCAACGCGAGUGUUGCUAGGAGUGGCGUGUUUACCUUUGAAACUUCACCCGCCCAGAAACAACUCGGCAACAGUGCAAAUAGUGAAGUGCAGCCGCUAAACGGCAACGAUACAGAUGAGAUCAAAACCACGAAUGGCGAUUUAAAGCAGAGUACUGAUGGUGUGCAGUUGCAGAGUGUAACGACUAAGGAAACACCCAGUUUUUGUAAUCCUAACUACAUGAGUUGUGCCCAUCCACUCAUUAGCAAAGCAAUAGAAUAAAAAGACAAGAAAACCCAAA